AGAAUCCUGGUACUCAGGUCCUACACUACUUUGAAGAAGCUGGUCCUGAUACUUCAGAAAGAUGUCAUCCCAAGAGCAGCAGUGCAAGCAGCCCUGCCAGCCUCCUCCUGUGUGCCCACCACCAAAGUGUCCAGAGCCCUGUCCUCUGCCAGAGUGUCCAGGGCCUUGUCCUCCUCCAAAGUGUCCUGAACCUUGUCCUGAUCCGUGUCUUCUUUCUCCAUGCCAGCAGAAAUGCCCUCCUGCGCAAACUCCUCCACCAUGCCAGCAGAAGUGCCCACCCAAGAGCAAGUGAGCAUGGCAGCAGUCUUCAGAACAAGGGGAAGAGAAGGGACUCAUCUACUGUCCUUCCAUACCAAUACUUCCAUCUUCUAUUCAAAGUACAUCUUGGAUGCAAAUGAAUCUUCUCUGCCCUUCAUAUUCCAAAUGCCUGUUUCAUGUCAUAAUAGGGAAGGCUUUUCCCUGAGACUGUAAAACUUCUUUUUUCAAUCGAAUGCUGAGAAUGAUCCUCCUUCAAUAGGUUCAUAUACCAGAUAUUCAGAGGAAAGACUAGUAGAUGUCUCUCAGUGCCUUCACAGUAUGGUUUCCAAAUCUGUGUGUCACUGGUAUUCCAUUUGCUGAAUAAAGUAUAAUCUUUUCAAUGGU